AUGUGUGUAAAAUUUGCCAGUGUUCCAUCUCCAGCUGUCAACGCUGGUAGUGAAAUGGCACCUAAAAGGAAUUAUUCGAAAGAGCAAUUGGCUAAAGCUCUAGAGGAUGUGAAAAAGAGAUUCCUAGCAGCUACUGCAGCAAAAAAUCAUGAUGUUCCUCUUAGUACUUUGAGGCAUAAGAGGGGUGGAAAAUCACCAUUAGUUUGUCCCUUCUACAAUUUUAACCAAAGAAGAAAAAUCAGUCCAAGUAAAAUGGAUUUACAUUUUACGCCUAUCAUAUUAUAUCUAUCAGAAAGACAUUUUGCUAUUUCAAGUUUAGCUUUUGGAUGCAGUUCAGAAAAUAAUGAAUUCUACAGAAAGAGAGAAAUCAUUUAUUCAUAG